CUUGCUUUUUUGAUGUUUGCCUCUGAUGGAAACUAGUCUCUGCCCAGCUUCUUUGUUUUCCAGUCUGAGUCUUGGGAAUUUCGCUGUGCAUGACACUCCAAUUCUAGUAUAGCUUAAACAUUCAGUGGGUUUGAUCACAGGAAAAUAGGCAUGCGCAGUAGCUUUUUAGGGGUUCUUGCAUCUCUUCUUUGUAAACUAAAUUCGACUCUGUUGCUAUACACAUCUUCGUGUUUUCAUAUGUCACAUGCAAAAAUACGACAGAAACUGAGUUCUGGAGUGUGUGUUUCCUUGUUGCAAUCAUUCACGAGGUCUUUGCUUUCCAUUCGAUAUGAGCUGAACCUAUAAUAAUUUGUGAAGAAAAUCUAUCAGCGAGCUGUCCUAUGGUAGAUGGGGACUAGUUUAUUCCUUCUUAACUUUUCUGGCGAAGUACGCUGCAACGAAACUAAUCAAGAGAGCUAGCGACGGGGAUGGGAUGAGCUUAACUACUAUCAACCCCGAAAACAAUAAUGCUAUAUGGAUUAAACAUGAGCUUCGACAGGGAAUAAUAGUCUCGGAGUGAAGUUAUGAAAUGCGGCCACAAAAGCUUAAAUCCCAAAAAUAAUCAUCUGCACUGAAAACUUCUGAAGACUCGUUGGGGGGUGGAAUCUUGCCUACAAGCUAGCUGAAAUGGUAUAGAACAAUUCUGCCUGACAGGCCGUUGCUGGAAAAUCUGUGUAUUCAAAACUUUUUUAAGUGAUGCAUGGACGGAAUGCCCUACAAAGAGAUCAUCCGGCAGUUAAAGUGGUUUCAAGUCAACGAUUACCAUAGGCUUGACUAUCUCAGCAAACAAAACAACUUACUGUUGUUCAAUACUGCAAGUUUUACAGUAUGUUUCAGGUUUCUAACUAACCACCAACCUUUGAGCUGGUGGCCACCACCUAGCCAUUAAGGCCACCAAAAAUGUCACAUUUAAGUGGUUUGCUUCAAAAAUUCAGCGGGUGUGCAGUGCAUCCGUCUGAUCCGGUGGUGGUUCAGUCCUCUCCGGAUUAUCCCUGGGCCUCCUUAAGUCCGCCCCCUCCCCCUUAGUGUAAGAUAGAUUAGGUUAUACAACAGUUGUCGUAUCCGAAAAAAAAAAAAAAAUCAGGUUUCCAACUCCGGUGGGGAAGGGGCCUGACUGUGAACAAACUGGAUGAUAUCUCAGGACAAAGAGUUAAGGAUGAAAGGCACAUAAUUUGCCAGGGAAAGUUGCCAUUCAAAUUAUUUUCACAAUCAAAUUCAAAGCAAAAUUACGUUUAUUGAAAUGCUCAUUCCCUCUAAAAGAUUCAGCUUUUGCAGUUGCCCUUGACCCUUAUCUUCAGAAUGCUGCUAGUUCUCCAAGCUUGAAAAAGUUAGUACGUGGUAACAACAGAAAAGAAGAAAGGCGAAAACUGAAAAAACGCAAAAAACUGGACCGGUAUUUAAGGGGGGAAAUUGCUGAUAUAAUAAACUCGGAAGGCCAAAGGUCAACUUGCUCAUAAUUACAAGGAGGUUCAUUCUAAUUACGCCCGGAGUUGAUUGAUGAUUGGUUGUUCGUUAAAAAAAAAAAAGAAAAAAAGAUUGGUUGUCCGAAAACAUUAAAACAUUAAUCAGCGAUCCCUCCAGUUCCAGAAUCUGCAAGUGAAAAGUUUAACGGAGGGGAUGAAAUUCUUCUUUACGUUGAGUUCCACUUCCAUCCAUGUAUAGCUGAAUUAGAACAGUUUGAACCCAAAUGCUUGUGGAGGACGAUUAACAUUUUAUUAGCCAUUACUAAACGAUGCGCACGGGAUAGUAAUCAUCUUAUGUCCUGUGUAGUUUGAUAGAAAGCCAGGAAAAGGGUGCCACAAGCAAAGCAAAACUCAUGGCCAUUUCAUGCACCCCUGCUAUCAACAACCUUCCACUUAACCGCCACCCAACUCCUGUUUCCAUAACUGUCAAUAACGAACGUUACUUAGCAGACCACCCUCUACUCUUACAGCUGGACCGAUGCUCCGACUCUACACAGCUCAAGCAAAUUCACGCUCGAAUGCUACGAAUCGGGCUCUUUUCCGACCCUUAUUCGGCCAGCAAGCUCAUCCAGGUCGCAGCUUUCUCGGAAGUCUCAAGCAUCCAGUAUGCCCAGAAAGUGUUUGAUCAAAUUCCCCGCCCAAAUCUUUACUCUUGGAACGCCCUCAUUCGCUCCUAUGCUUCCAGUCAAGAACCCGUUAAUGCCCUUUUGAUCUUUAUCAAAAUGCUUCAUGGGAGUGAUGAAUUGCCUAAUAAAUUUACGUUUCCUUUUCUGAUCAAAGCCUCUGCACUGCUUUCAGCUCUGUCGGUUGGAAAAGGGCUCCACGGGAUGGUGCUCAAAUCGGAGUUUGGGUCUGACUUGUUUGUUCUUAAUUCUUUGAUCCAUUUCUAUGGUGAAUGCGGGUGUUUCGAUAUGGCGUACCGGGUUUUCAUGAGCAUGCCCAAAAGGGACGUUGUUUCUUGGAAUUCAAUGAUCGUCGGGCUUGCACAAGGCGGUUAUGCUGAAGAGUCAUUGGACUUGUUCUUCAGGAUGGAGGGAGAAAAUGUGAGGCCCAAUGACGUCACCAUGAUAGGAGUCCUGUCAGCUUGCGCAAAGAAUUUAGACUUGGAGCUCGGGAGGUCCAUGCAUUUGUAUAUUAGGAGAAAUGGGAUUAAGGAGAGUUUGGUAUUAAAUAAUGCAAUUCUUGACAUGUAUGUAAAGUGUGGGAGUAUGGAGGAUGCAAAAAGAUUGUUUGACAAGAUGGGGGUUAAGGACAUUAUUUCAUGGACAACUAUGCUUGUCGGGUACACGAAGGUGGGGGAUUUUAGUGCUGCUAGGAGUCUAUUUGAUACAAUGCCUUGCCAAGAUAUUGCUGCAUGGAAUGCUCUUAUCUCGGCUUAUGAGCAGAAUGGUAAUCCUAAGGAGGCAUUGGCUACUUUCAAUGAAUUGCAGCUCAGAAAGGAGGCUAAACCUGAUGCAGUUACACUUGUUUGUGUGCUGUCAGCAUGUGCUCAGUUGGGGGCAAUCGAUUUAGGGGGCUGGAUUCAUGUAUACAUCAAUAAACAUGAUAUUAAUUUAAAUUGUCAUCUCACUACUGCAUUGAUUGACAUGUAUUCUAAGUGUGGGGAUUUGGAGAAGGCACUUGAAGUAUUUCAUUCUGUGGACAAUAGAGAUGUUUUUGUAUGGAGUGCCAUGAUUGCUGGCUUCGCAAUGCAUGGGCGUGGAAGGGAAGCAAUAGGUCUUUUCUUGAAAAUGCAAGAAGCUAAGGUCAAGCCUAAUUCUGUUACUUUUACCAACUUAUUAAGUGCUUGCAGUCACUCGGGGCUGGUGGAUUCUGGAAGGGGCAUUUUCAAUCAAAUGGAGUCAGUUUUUGGGGUUGUGCCUGGGGUCCAGCACUAUGCUUGCCUGGUUGAUAUUCUUGGUCGUGCAGGUAACUUGGAAGAAGCACUUGAUGUAAUUGACAAUAUGCCCAUUUCCGCUGGGGCAUCAGUGUGGGGGGCUCUGCUGGGUGCGUGCAGGCUUCAUGGAAACAUAGACAUAGGUGAACGGGCUUGUAGCAAUUUGCUUGAAUUAGAGCCUCAAAAUGAUGGAGCCUAUGUGCUUUUAUCUAAUAUUUAUGCUAAAUCAGGUAGAUGGGACAAAGUUUCAGAAUUAAGGAAGCUUAUGAGAAACUCUGGAAUAAAGAAGGAACCCGGUUGCAGCUUAAUUGAGGUGGAUGGCAAUGUUCAUGAAUUUCUUGUUGGAGAUAAUACUCACCCUCUUUCAAAGAAUAUCUACCUGAAAUUGGAUGAGAUUGCGACUAGAUUGACAUCUGUUGGUUAUGUGCCAAUGAAAUCCCAGCUGCUGCAACUUGUUGAAGAAGAACAUGUGCAAGAGCAGGCAUUAUAUCUUCACAGCGAGAAGUUGGCUAUGGCGUUUGGACUUAUUAGUAUAAGCCCAUCCCAACCAAUUCGAAUUGUAAAGAAUCUCCGUAUCUGUGGUGACUGCCAUGCUGCUGCUAAGCUGAUAUCAAAGCUUUAUAAUAGAGAAAUAGUAUUGAGAGACUGUUACCGGUUUCAUCACUUUAAAGGAGGCUCUUGUUCAUGCAUGGAUUACUGGUAAAUUCUGGAAUGCUGGCCUGCAAAAGAUUCUUAUGCGGGACUCCUAUCAACUGGUAAAAAUGCAGAGAAAAUUUCCAGGAGGCAUGGCACCAAGAGCGACUUCACUUAUCUGGGACUUAAAACUCCAUUAGUGCAAAUUUGUCUGUGUCAUUUGACACAAGCAUAGCAGAUGAAAUAUAUGUUAAAAAUCCAAAGAUGAUCAACAUGCGAAUGAUGGAACAUGGCGCUAAUCCAGUUUACAUGCCUAAAUGUAAUUUUGGCGUUGGAAGCUCAAUUUGGAAGGAAAAGGUUGCUGAGCAUGCUUUGUCGUGGUAGUCAGGUUGUUGCAGAAACUGGUGACAAAUUAUUUGAUUUCAGAAGCCAAGUUUCUGUGAUAAUGAGUGGACAAGUGGAACUGAUGGUAUUGAAUGCAUGCUAUCAAAUGGAUUGGAGCUUGACCGACUGCUAAUGGUUGCAUCAGGAAUUUGCCAGACCCGUUUUCUUUGAAAAUUGUCGGGCAUGUCCUAGUGCACGUAGUAGCGCACAAAAUAUUUGGUUGGUCAUAGACUACUGGUAUGUGGAUGGCCAGAAUAUACUUUGAUUGUAGUAAACACUACUCCUGUAUUACAUCUAGAUUACCAGUAUUGGUGGAUAUAUGUAUCCAGAUCUUGAAAUUUCAGGCGAA